AGGAAUUGUCCCAGCAGCACCCCUUCGCCUGCCUCCGCCCCACCAGUCAUGCUACGGACAGGACCGCAACAUUUUCAGCCAAACUACAAGGAAACAUAAACACAAAGUCUCCAAUUUCACUGAACAUACCAAGUGGAACGAUUCUUCUUCUAGACACAUCUGGUGCUGCGACAUUUCAUUUGGUUAGCGGGUGUACGCAUGGGAGUGAUCCGGCAAAAGAAAAGGCAGAAGGUUGUAUCCUAUUCGUUAGUGGCAGCACGGGGGGAGGAGCCAUGAGUGAAGGGGAGGGGCUCUUCCACAGCGUGCAGGUGGGUGACUCCACCUUCACUGUGCUGACCCGCUAUCAGCAGCUCCGCGCUAUCGGGUCUGGUGCCCAGGGCAUUGUCUGCUCGGCCCUGGACAGUGUCCUUGGGGUCCCUGUGGCGGUGAAGAAACUGAGCCGGCCCUUCCAGAACCAGACCCACGCCAAGCGGGCCUAUAGGGAGCUGGUGCUGCUCAAGUGCGUCAAUCACAAAAAUAUUAUUAGGCUCCUGAAUGUCUUCACACCACAGAAUUCACUGGAGGAGUUCCAGGAUCUCUACCUGGUGAUGGAGCUGAUGGAUGCCAGUCUGUGCCAGGUCAUCCACAUGGAUCUGGACCAUGAGAGGAUGUCCUACCUGCUCUACCAGAUCCUCUGUGGCAUCAGACACCUGCACUCCGCUGGCAUCAUCCACAGGGACCUGAAGCCCAGUAACAUAGUGGUGAAGUCUGACUGUACUCUGAAGAUCCUGGACUUUGGGCUGGCCAGAACAGCCUGUACUAACUUCAUGAUGACCCCUUACGUUGUUACCCGAUACUACAGAGCACCAGAGGUCAUCCUGGGCAUGAAGUAUAAAGAGAAUGUGGACAUCUGGUCAGUAGGAUGCAUCAUGGGAGAGAUGGUGAAGGGCAGUGUUAUAUUCCAGGGCACGGAUCACAUUGACCAGUGGAACAAGGUGAUUGAGGUUCUGGGCACGCCCCCCAUGGAGUUUAUGAACCGUUUGAUGGAGACUGUGAGGAACUAUGUGAUGAACAAGCCCCAGUACCCAGGGGUCAGCUUCUCUCAACUCUUCCCUGACUGGGCCUUCCCAGCAGAGACAGAGCAGGAUCAACUCAAGACCAGUCAAGCACGGGACCUGCUUUCCAAGAUGCUGGUGAUUGACCCAGAGAGCCGUAUUUCAGUGGAGGAUGCCCUGGAUCACCCCUACAUCCACAUGUGGUACGACCCAGGAGAGGCUGAUGCACCACCACCACAGAUAUCUGAUAAACAGCUGGAGGAGCGAGAACACAGCAUUGAACAGUGGAAAGAGCUGAUCUAUGACGAGUUGAUGGACUGGGAGGAGAGGAACCAGAAUGGAGUAAUGAAGGAGGACUGUGCAGAUGAAGUGGUGAACCACAGUGCUACAGCUUCCCAGUCAUCCUCUACGAGUGACUUCUCCUCAAUGUCCACUGAGCAGACCUUGGCCUCUGACACCGACAGCAGCUGUGUUGACACCCUCACAGGGGCGCUAGAGGAGUGACAGUGAACCUCUUUCCACCCCGGCAUCUGUUUUUUUUCUUCAAUCAUCACUAACUAUCCAUCUUCUUAGGUAGCACUUUUCACAUUACUUUAUACUGUCAUUCAAUCAUUCAACCGCUUUUCUUUUUUAAACUGAGAAUGAUUCCGGUUUAAAUUGAACUCUCUCUGUCACUCUUUCCCUAUCUCUGUUGUAAAUAGUCCAUUCAUACUGUACCAUGGUUCAAAUAAGUCAUGCACCUCUAGACUUGUUGUCCAAGCCAAGAGCACACACUGUUCAAUGUGUAGUUUGACCACCUACAGUUUCAGUGUAAAGUACUGUAUAUGCAUUAAACUAGGGCUAGGCUAUAAUGUCUUAUGACUGUUUUGUCAUCAGAAAUAUCCAAUGAUGAACAAAAGACACUGCUGCAUGUUACUACAAAUGAAUACUUGACUACACAUAGAAACAGCUGUGAUGCAAGAUCUUCAUGUAUUUCCAUCCAGAGGACAUUAGCCUCCUCUGUGUGAAGAAACAGUACUUGGCUCUGGUCCGGGUCUUUCCUAAUGAGGGUAAAGAGUGAUACAUUUUAUGCAUGUUAUGUGUGUUUAUGUACAUAAGUAUCUAUCUAUACUGUAUGCUGUGUGUUUAAAUGUAUUGAUUGUUGUGAUGCUGAGACUGGGUUUUACAGCUGAUCCAAAUAUGCCGAGGCAUACAAACUGUACAAAAUACAUCCAUUUAUUUUGGAACAAACUAUUGUUAAAAUGCAAUGGGAAACAUGUCAUAAAUUUGUUGAUGUUUGAAAGAUGUAUUAUAAUGAAACUGAAUGGGGAAAAAAGGUGAAUGGUGGAUACUUUGCACUUUCUAGACAAUUUCAGCUUAAAGUCAUUCCAAGAAAAAUAUUGAUUAAAAGAGGGAUACAAUCAUG